GAAAGUACAGAGGGUAAUGUCCAACAAUGCGGCCCGGCACUCUAACAGCCCGUUCUCGUUCUCUUGGAGGUUAAGACCUUGGCUUCUUUCGCGUUCUGCUGAUGUCACCGACUUCAGAACCUUUUCCACCCACCACAUCUCUUCUUUGAGGCACUCUUCAUAUCGAAGUGGGCCUUGUUUUCUUUCUGCGGGCUUGCUCCUGAUAUUAUGAACGAAUCUCUUCACCCAGGCGCGAAUUCUCAAAGUUUUCUGUCAGCUGUAUUUCUCUAGGAGACGUGUGUGACAGUCUUGUUCAGGUUCUGCAACUGCGAGCACUUCUCGUGUUUCUUUGGCUUCUGCUAGCGAUUCUGGAGAUGUCUGAACAAGUAUCUCUGCUGGCCACUUUGCUUCGUCGCCGAGCCACGCCGGUCCGUGUAACCACAAUUGUGUCAGCUGUCCUCCUCUGCUGCCCAGAUCGGCGGGGUUCUCUUCUGUAGGAACGUGGUGCCACUUAAUAUCAGAAUGAGCUUGUAUUUUUGCCACACGAUUGGCAGCAAAUUGGCAGUACUCUCCGGCACCCUCUAUCCGGUAGAGGGCGACUGUACUGUCAAGCCAACAAUGCUGUUGCGUAACUUUCUUUUUACCUUGCCUUGGUAACGUUGGUGAUGAGAUUGGCUGCCAUAUGGCCAGCUACUAGUUCCAAACGUGGUAUGAUGAGACCCCUCUUGGCUAGACGUGACUUGGCUGCCACCAACAUCUGGGUGUCGCCGGAAUCUUGUUUGGUCAGUGCGCUAUACUGAGGCGCAGACCCCCUGCUUGCUCGCAUCACCGAAACCGUGAAGAUGGAUGUCCGUAGCUAUUGGCCUUGGAACUGUCACCACUGCAGGAAGUGCCUGUUCCCACAAUGACGCCGGUUUCUGAGUGUCCCGUUGAGCUCAAAAUCCCAGGAAAGCUUCGCGUCACAUAUAUCCCGAUACAUGAUCUUCCCCUGCAGUGUUAUUGGCGACGCUAUUCCUAAAUGAUCGUAAAUCUUCGCCAGCUGUCUCAGCGUUUCCCGCUACGUAGGUUCCUUACUUGCGUUGUUGGCCAUCUGAACACUUAGAGUGUCAUCCCGUUUGUUCCAAGGCAACCCGAGAAUCUUGGACUCAUGAGGUGCUACACCUAAGUUCAUCUUCGCUGCAGUUUGCCCCUUGUGAUCAAUGUUCGAGUCCGAUUUAUAUAUCUUCAAUAGCGCUUUCAUUUGAUGCCCACUUGUAAAGUUUAAAUGUCGCAUCUUCGAGGAUGGCGGUGGCUGCUUCCUUCCAUUCCGCAAGGAUUUGCUUCCGAGUAGAGACAUCUGUCACUUUGUCAGAUUCGUUUGCCUUGUGGGUACCGUCACAAUACGCACAUCCUCGUUGCUUUCCAGUAAAUCCCUUGGAAUGCAUGAGUUUCCUCGAUUUCAUAUCUCUUCUUCCUAGUUGCGGAUCAUCCUCUUUAUACUCACUACACCGAUUUCGUCGUGUACAUGACCGGUACAGCCUCUGAUAAUUUUGCGAAGUCCCAGGAUUCCCAGUCUGGGUCUCACCACGGAUAUCCGAGAGUUUAUCCAAGGUCACUGCGACAUAUCCGUUGACAGUUUCUAAUUUCUUCAAGGGCAUGAACGGCGUGAGUUAAUCUAUCACUGAAAGUCUGAAAUCAUGUAUUUUCUUUGGAUUACAGCUAGUUAUGGUCCGUAAGUCCAUAAAUCACCUUUAGAUGCGCUUUCUCGACUUCUGAAUCCUUGCCAUAUUGAUCAGCAAGGAUUGAUUUGGCUCUAUUAUAUAUUAUAGCCCUUCGGGGUAAGUGGCAACCCUUCGAUUGUUGGUUUCACUUUAGGGUCAAGGUAUCCAGAUAGGUAAGCCAAUUUGUUCACCGACGCCAUAGUUUCCGAAAACUGAUUCCAAAAGCGUGGCCAGUCGAGCGGAGAACCAUUAAACAUUUCAAUUUUAGGGAGUUUGCCUGAAUAGUUCCUGUCUCAGAUUUCGCAUUCUCCCCAUUCCCCUUUCCGAAGUUGAAAAGAAGACUGGUGCCGAAUUCGUCCCCUACGGAGUUAUGGGGCUGAAUUUGGGACGCUGGAAAAAAUUACAUAUUUUAAUUAGUUGUUUAUAGUAAAAAAAUAUGGACUUAUUGGAGUCAAAUUCGGACGAUUUAGUACUUGAAGAAGGGGACAUACCUGGUGCAAAACUUCAAAAACCGGUGGAACAAUGUACAGUUGCGGUUUUGAGGGGGUGGUUGUCAUGUCGUGGCGCAAAAGUCACGGGGAAGCGAGAGGAUUUAGUGAAAAGGUUUGUUCAAUUUUAAACAUUUUAUAUAAUAUACUCAAUUCAAUUGUAGUUUCAAGUUUUCUUUGAUCGGCGUGACAAGUUUUAUUUGUUUGCACGAGUGAGAAGCCUUGUUCAAAAGCAAUAAUCAGGCAAAAUAGGAGGUUUUUUGCUUUCAAAUAAAUGUAAAAUUGUACAAGAAUUGCUUUUUAUAAGAGACUAUUUUGAAGCUAUAUGACAGGUGACUUAAAUUCUCUGAAGCUGUUUGGACUUCAACUUUUCAUAAGCUUUAUAUAAAUCCUGUUUUUUUUUUCAAAAACAGGGUCAAUGAUUACAUUAAAAAUGGACUGGACAAAAAGGUAGUGGAUCCAGAUGGUGGUGUAAAUUUGGCAAAGAAAAGACUAGAGUUUGGCUUUGCUGAAGAAUUACACCCUGAAGUGAAUGAAAAUUUCCCUUCCACAGUUCCACUGGGUUUGAGUGUGGAACAACCAAUCUCCCAAGGGCAUCUAACCGCAACAUUUGGAAGUACUUGAUAGAAGAUGUCGAACUAAAAAAGCAGUUGUCCACAGAAAAGCCUAUUGUUAAGGGAUAGAAUUUUUACACUAAAAUCUGACCAUGUGCUACAGAUUUUCUCAAAAAAGAACACAACAAACAUUAUGUUUUAAGCAAAGUAAAUCCAUCAAUGAAAAAGGGAAAAGUCUACACAGUAAAGAUUAUUCUUUGUUCAAAUGGCAAUAUUUCCAAUGCAUUUUGUUGCUGUCCAGCUAGGGUUGAUGGUCGCUGUAAUCACCUUGCUGCAACUUUGUUCUCAUUAGAAGACAAAUCCAGUAUGGAUAGUGGUAUGGUAGCUGAUAAGACAAUUAGCAAAACACCAGAAAACAUAUAUACCUUGCACAUCAAAGCCUUGCACAUGGAAUGUUCCUGCAGGAAAACGCAAGCUAGUACCACAAUCAAUGCAGUCUGUGAAAUUUCAGAAACAUGAGUAUGGCAAGGUAACCAAACAUUUUGCAAAGGAAUAUUGCGAUGUUCGAGCACCCCACCAAAGAAGUACUGCAAGUUGUGACCUGAACGUUUUUUAUAACAAAGUGAAAGAGGUUGAAGAAAAAACUGGUAAGAUGAUGGGUUUAAGUUUAAUAUUACAACAUGAUCUUCCACAAGGUACUAAUAAUUCUGCUGAUGCAACUGAGCCACAGGAUGUUUUAGAAAACCUGAACCCUGAUGAAUAUCUGUGGAAAUUAACUUCACCAGACAAGUCAAAUCCAAUGUCACUGAAUGAGAUUUCUGCUAAGGCUGAGCGAGUCAAAAAACGCUUGUUUGAUUCAGUAAACAAUUGUGAGAAAAUUGAGAGUAAAACCAGGGACCAACAUAAUUCCAUGCUAUGGUAUAAUGUGCGUAAGUCAAGAAUAACAGCAUCACAGGGAAAAAGAUAUCUUUUAAAAGAAAACACAAGCCCAACAAAGGCAAUAUCUGAAAUACUUAUGUACAAACCCAGGGUACAAACAUGUCACAUGAAGGAGGGGAUUGAGAUGGAACCAACGAUUAUCGAGCGGUUUAGUCAGGAAACACUGUGAGAAAGUGUGGGUUCUUUAUAUCUGAAAGUCACCCCUACCUAGGUGCCAGCCCUGAUGGAAUCACAGAAAAAGCAAAUUUGAUUGAAGUGAAAUAUGUAACUUCUAAAGAAGGUGAAUGAAUGGAGGUCACCCUAUGUAGAUUAGGGAUCUAUAAGAAGAAUGGAACCAACAUUGAAAUAAACAAUAAACAUAAGUACUAUCAUCAAAUUCAGCAACAACUUUUUUGUAGUAAUUACAUGGCUUGUCAUUUUGUUGGGGCAAAUGGUAUCUGGCUGCACUCAGAACUAGUUGAAUUUAAUCAUACUUUUUGGAACAAUGUGGUAACACAACUUGAGACAUUCUAUUUCACUAAUAUUUUCCCAGAGUUAGUGUACCCCAGGGUACUUUAUAAUGAACCACGCUGGAAUAAGGUCAUACCUUUUCCAACUGAGCAAAUAAAAAUUGCAAACAUGGUAUGUGUGCCAAGAUCUUACAUAAAUCCUGCAAAGAACAUGGAAAGAUCUUGCAAGAUCUUUAAAAAUUCCUGCAAGAUCUUGCCAUGAUUCUGAAAGAUCUUGCCAUGAUCCUGAAAGAUCAUACCAAAAACCCUCAAAGCAUUUCAGAAAAUCUUGUCAAGAUUUUGGCUCGGCAAGAUCUUGCUAAUAUCUUGCCAAGAUCAAUGUCUUGCCAAGAUCUUCAACCUGGGUCAGUAUGUACAAUUUGCAUACUUUUGCAAAUUUUAACAAAAACCUUCAUCAGCUUUUGUUUACACUUUUGAAAGAUGCUGUCUUUUCAUUUUAAGGAUAUUUGGCUUUGAAAUAAUGCACUCUCAUUAGAAUGACAAUGCAAUGAAAAUAGUACAUCUCAGUCUCAAAAGUGUAAAUAUAAACAUCAAAAUGGGUAAUUUGCAUACCAAGCUGAGGAGAUCUAUAUAUUAUGCAUAUUACUCCUAAGAGACUGGUUAACCACAAAAUGUCAUUUUAUUCCCUUUUAUGUAAUCAUUGGAGGCCAAAAAAAAGUUUGACAUGCAUGCAAUAACUAUCCAUGCAUCAGACGCAAUACUGAAAGUAGUAAUAGGUAUGACUCGAUCAAAAUAAUGCCAAUUCUUCAAGCGUUCUUUUUACGUUCAACAUGUAUUCGCAAACUGGCCACUUUCUUGUUAUGUUCAGUUUCUUUCUUUGUAAAUUGGCACUUGUCACUUAAGAAGUAAGGCAUGACUAAACUGGCACCAUGAGCAGCCAGCUGGUCCUGGAUUAAGAACCCCUUGUCUGCCAUUACUAGAUUUCCUUUUUGCAUAUGACUCAAAAAUCCUGACUUCUCAACAAUAUCUGGAUCACUUAUCGAUCCGCAGUACAGUUCACUAGCAAAUGAUACAACACCAUUUGGAGUUAUCCCGACAAGUGCUUUCAUUGUUGUGUGAGCCUUAAUAACUUGAAUAACACACAGACUGCUUGUCAAGACUUGAUGGGGAUUCCAUUCUGAUCUCUGUGCAGUCUAUAAUGGAAACUACAAUCUAAUCUGUGCAGUCUAUAAUGGAAACUACAUCCGUAUUCUACGAAUGCAAUCAACAUUGAAUGGUGGGGGGAAAGGGGGAGGUUUUCUAAAUUUACGAUAAUAUUACGACAUUUUGACAAGUAAUUCGAAGUGUUGCAGAUGUUUUGUCCAGGAUUGUCUGAAAUGAGUCGAAAUUAAAUUCUUUUAUAUUUCGCUCUUUAAACAUGUCCUUGCCAUGUAUUUCGUUUAUGCGCAUUGCUUACGACCUACUUAUCAUCUAUAUGUUAUACAUUAAGUCUAUACAUAAACGAAUGCGUGUGAUAUCCAGUAGAACACCAAGGGACAAUAAAUUCAAUAUAGUUACGUUUCUGGUAUAUUCACUGCAUAUACUUAGAAUAUUAAGUGACAACUAUAUAAAUGUGAAUUAUGCAUUUUGAAACGAGUUUUCCAGGUGUGGUAAAUCAAUGCUCAAUUUUUCAGUGUCACAAUUAACGGUGUACCACAUCCAAUGCACUAAGAAUGUGAUAAUAUUCCCAGUUAUGGGGGUAAUACAAACCAAUGAAAUGGACUUGACGUGUGUUGCUUAGUAUUCCAACCUACUUCAGGCAAUAUUUAGCGCGAUAAUUUUAAAAUAUUCCACGGUGUACCAUUUUAACCCUACAAAAGGUUAUAUAUAUAUAUAUAUAUAUAUAUAUAUAUAUAUAUAUAUAUAUAUAUAUAUAUAUAUAUAUAUAUAUAUAUAUAUAUAUAUAUAUAUAUAUAUAUAUAUAUAUAUAUAUAUAUAUAUAUAUAUAAAGACAUAAACAACAAAUUUCAAUCUUAAAAUUUUAUUUCAUCGCUACACAGUGUUUCACGUACAGCGUACGAUCAUCAGGCGAUUGAUGUUAAUUAUCUCGCAAUAAAUUACAACGGUUUACGCUGACGCGCUUAGAUUGCUGACGCAAGCAUUUAAGGUUACAGGACACCCUUUUUGGCGUUUUGCGGAAAAUCGCUACUGCGCGCUCAAUAUCAGUCCGAUUUUCAUCAAAUUUUCACCAAAUGUUCUCCAGUGCAUGCAAAAUAUGGUAAAGUUGUAAAAUUAACAAGCAAUAAAAUAAUGUAAGAAUUAUUCAGGAAAAUCUUAAAUCGCGGUACCUUUACGCUUUUGAGUUGUGCUCCUGCUGGUUUUAAGUUAUAUUUAUGAAAAUAUCAUUUUUAUACAGUACAAUAGUUGUUCUAAAAAAUUGUGUCCGGAAAUUUUUGUUUAUUUCGUCAUUCCGCUGAUAUGGCGAUUUCUUUGACGACUGCAAUAUAUUUCUGAAUUGUUUGAGUGAAUUGCUCUUUAUUUUUAAAAUAUCCAAAAUUAAAAAAAAGCCGAACACAAUUUUGAAACUGACGUAUUUAGCUAUGUCCUGUGAAAAUUUGAGAAAAAUUGGUUAAAAUCCGCAGGAGCACAACUCGUUUGAAAAUCAGUAAUUACCGUAAAAUGUUUCGUGAGAAAAUUGAAUUUGAAUAUUACAUUUUCAAUGUUUUUCUUAUAGCAGCGAAAUGUAUUUUAUUAAAUAACUCUGCGAGUUUUCAACAUUUUUCGUUCAAACUUGGUCAGAUAGUAGAACUAGUCUAAUGCUUUCAUUGAAACGAAUAAAAAAGUUUUAGGCAAAAUUAACACUCAAAGGUGUUCUGUAACCUUAAACGAUUGUGUUUACUUGCGCGCGCGCGUUUGAAAUUAGAAGCUUUAUAACUGUUCCUAUGCCUACACUUGCUAAACAAUUCAGAUCUUAUAUUCAAUGUAUUAAUUUUGUCCGAUAACAUAAUCAUUAAUACAUUGAAUAUAAGAUCUGAAUUGUUUAGCAAGUGUAGGCAUAGGAACAGUUAUAAAGCUUCUAAUUUCAAACGCGCGCGCGCAAGUAAACACAAUCGUUUAAAUGCUUGCGUCAGCAAUCUAAGCGCGUCAGCGUAAACCGUUGUAAUUUAUUGCGAGAUAAUUAACAUCAAUUGCCUGAUGAUCGUACGCUGUACGUGAAACACUACAUUGAAUAUAAGAUCUGAAUUGUUUAGCAAGUGUAGGCAUAGGAACAGUUAUAAAGCUUCUAAUUUCAAACGCGCGCGCGCAAGUAAACACAAUCGUUUAAAUGCUUGCGUCAGCAAUCUAAGCGCGUCAGCGUAAACCGUUGUAAUUUAUUGCGAGAUAAUUAACAUCAAUCGCCUGAUGAUCGUACGCUGUGCAACGCUACGCUUCGAUAGCUUGUAUAGAAUGCGAUUAAGAUUUAUAUGCGACGACUUUCGCGCAUUUAAUAUACGUCGGAGAGCAAAUCAAUGUACUUAGUAGUGUAUAUACCAACUAUUUUGCACUAAGACUAUUCUAAAAUACGUUAAUUCAUAUUUAUUUGUGUUGUUAGACAGACAAACGCUUAUAGUUGUUGACUGGAAAUAUAUUGCGUGACCGCCGCGCUAAAUGACUAAUCCUAUAUAUAUGUACCAUGGUACACCGUAAAUGCGCAUGCGCUAUUAUACGCCAAUAACAAAAUCGGAUUAGUCAUUUAGCGCGGCGGUCACGCAAUAUAUUUCCAGUCAACAACUAUAAGCGUUUGUCUGUCUAACAACACAAAUAAAUAUGAAUUAACGUAUUUUAGAAUAGUCUUAGUGCAAAAUAGUUGGUAUAUACACUACUAAGUACAUUGACUUGCUCUCCGACGUAUAUUAAAUGCGCGAAAGUCGUCGCAUAUGAAUCUUAAUCGCAUUCUAUACAAGCUAUCGAAGCGUAGCGUUGCAUGUGGGUGCUAUAUUACCUUGUCGACCAUGUGGUAUCUGCUUCUUGAAGCCUUAUACAUUCUAGUGAACCAUAUUUACUAUGGAAAGAGAAAAUCCUGCGUAAAACUCGAUUUUUAAUGCGCAAUGCCUUGGUUAUCGAAUUUGAAAGAUACAGACAAUCCUGGACAAAACCAUCUGCGACACUCUAUUCAGUAAAACAUUCCUUUGUGGCUUUUUUUACCUUUUAGACCGGAAUAAUUUACUCGUUUGCCCCCCCCCCCCUCCGCCCCCCCUCCUCCAAACAAUGUUGGACGUUUUAUCCGUAUUCUACGAUUGCAAUCACCUGCCAAGAAGAUGCAUAUAUUCCUCUGGCAAAUAGGCACCGUCAUCCCUAUUCAAAGCAUGAUGACUCAUAUUUAUAUGCCACGCUUCUAGGCAAAGUCUUUGACCAUAUAUAGCGAUGGUCAAAGACUUUGCCUUGAAGCGUGGCAUAUAAAUAUGAGUCAUCAUGCUUUGAAUAGGGAUGACGGUGCCUAUUUGCCAGAGGAAUGUAUGCAUCUUCUUGGCAGGUGACGUCAUCCCUUGGGUAUUUAAGAAGCCACGAUCACAGUUUAGAUCACCCCUGAUGAAGACACUAGACUGGAGUGUCGAAACGUUGGGUCUUGAUUACAAUUCGAAUGCGCUUUGUAAUCAUUUAUUUAAACCAGAGUAGCGAGCGAAACAUGAUUGAUAUACCUGGUUGCAGUGAACGAACAAACUUUAUAACUGUCAUUGAGAUUGAGUUCAGACAAAAUUGUGUUAUCUGUAAAUAAGACUACUUGAUCCUUUGGCAGUGCGGUCAAAGAAUUAUCCUUGAUUGUUUUGGAUCUCGACGGCAAAUUAUAUUUAAUAAUUUCACGGCGUCGUUUCACAGGUUUGGCCCAGGGAAAAAUAGUUGGUAGUUGAGUUCGGCAUACCCUUUCUCCUUUGGGAAAAUUCUUGCCACAUAUCUUAGUACUACCGGUAACUGAAAACUCUUUGAGAUUAUUGCUUCUUAUUAGUCUCUUGUACACAGAAAAUACUUUAGGGUCUCGUGGAAGAGAGUGAAACUUCAGUUCUGGAGAAUUUCGCCAGCUAUUGGCACAAUUUGGCACACUACAGCUGAAUUUUCCCAUAUAAACUAUUUUUGUUUGUAAUUAUUUUUUUCCGCGUCCCAAAUUCAGCCCCAUAAUUCCAUAGGGGAUGAAUUCGGCGCCAGUCCUUUUUUGAACUUCGGAAAGGAGAAUUUUUGUCAUAUUUUUUCGCUUGUACAGAUUGUGAAUCUAUUUUCAUCUGCUGUAAUUUUACUUCAUAUUGACACCUUUCUUCCUUUUCGGCGACUUCUUUUUCUCGCGUUUUUUUUCUCCCAACCGAGCGACUUCGACGUCGGCAGACUCGAGCUCUUCGUCGACUGUAGAACUCCAUUUCGCAAUCUCUUCGAGUUCGACUUUUUCGGCUCCGAUUUUAACCGCUUCAACAGCGCGUUUGUGUAGUUCAGCUUCACUUGAUAUCGUUUGAGGGCCGUAAGAUGACGUUCGAUAGCUUCUUUGUUAUUUUUGUCCAAGAUUUUACCAGUUUUAGUCACGGCGAGCUUUAACUGGGUCAAUUUCACAUCGAGAUUAGCCGGUUCAGUCAUGGUAGAAUAUACGCGUAAAUCCAAAUUAAUUCGCUUAAUUUUCGUCCGUGGUGCCAGGUAACGUAAAUAUCCCGCAUCCCAGGGAUGAACCACGCACAAAUAUUGGUUUUCCACACUUUAUACUAUUACUAAGUCUCACUAGAAUGUUCGUAUUCGCACGGUUCGCUCUCUCUUUGUUUACACACACUUCACUAAUCUAUAUCAUGUCUCGUAUAUGGGCAUAAUUUCCCUAUAUGGUCCUUGUUUUGACCUAACUAAAUGUUCUGGCUAAAUAUCUAUAUAAUUUUAAUGUUAACGUGUCCCAGUUCCCGACAGAACCAUGUAAAGCAAGCUUUCGCGGAUCACGCCCGUGAUUUAGAUUAAACUGAUAUUAGGAGGGCAAGAUCGAUCAUCCAAUUAUUUCAUUGUUCGAAGCAACGUACUUAAUAUUUAAUCUUUAUAUUUAAUCUUAAUAUUUAAUCUAUAAUAUUUAACCCAGAAUAUUUAAUCGAGGCUUCUAUGAUUAAUAUACUAUUGAAUGUAAAAUGGCCAUUUUAUACCACCAAGCACUUAUCCAAAAAUCAAAUGCUAAAAUAGAGGCGAGUUUGGGCCAAAAUGUUUAGAUUCUUGUUUAUAUCAGGUAAGCAGUCCCGUCUUAAUCUUAACCAAGAAUUUUUAAAUAAAUGUUGUGUAUAACACAGUUUCUGAAGGUGUUCGAAAAUAAUGCUGGCAUCAGCACUUUUAUUUUUCAAGACGCUGUAACUCGGAGGAAUUAAUCCUAUCGAUUCAAAAUAAUAUGAGAAAUGGUUUCAGUGCGAAUGCUUCAUCUCCAACCAGAAGAUAUGGUAUACUGCCUCUUUUUCAAGUGGAAGGCAUGCAGGUUUUGGGAUUUCCAUCUUGUCACCUUCAAUAUAUGUCAAGAAUUACUUGUCCCACAUACCUCCAUCUGAAAUUCUCCCAUUAUUACCCACAUAGACAUUCAUGCAUCAUCAGAUCCUGCAAUGGCCAUGAGGACAAUAGAAUGUGUGUCAGUGUGUGUGUUUGUGGUUGAAAUAUAGUGAGAGCCAGACCCAGUUCGUGGUUGCAUAACCAAAUGCUUUUCCAUCAAUGGCUGCAUGCCGUUUCGAAACUGCCAUCUGUUAACAAACUUAGUUGCAAUCUCUUUCCAUUUCCAACACUACUCUCGGUGUUGAAAGAUACUUUUUUCACUUUUUUAAUAUACCGCUUGGCAUACUUCACGAACAAUGUACGAAAUAGUUGAUUUUAUUACCAAUACGGAAUUGAAAGUGAAGUGAUUAUGAUUGAUUCACCAGCAGUACUUAUGCCAGCCUUGUAUUUGCUUUUUUGCUAUUCGGGUUCUACAUCCAUAGGAAUUUCUAUGAACUGUUUGUAAGUCAUUCGCAUCAUUUCCUUGUAGGCUUGUAGUCCCUGUAUCUUCCAUACGCAACUCUCUUACGAUGUUUUUAAAAUUAUCUUUUUCCGGUCUUCGCUUAAUCCAUUUCUCUUGUUUUCCGUGUUUCCGAGUCGUUUCGUCUUCAUCAAGAAGAGAUAAUAAGCAUGAUGCUGCAUGACAGCUUUACGCUUUGUUUCAGAUGGCAUAUCACAAGCUUUUUACAUAUUUGAAAUUUUUAAUUAUUAAUUCAAUGGCUUUAAAUGGCGGUCAUGUUUCGAUUGCAUUUUGCAACUUUGCGAAAUUACAGAAUUACCCGCACACGGGCCAAACACCUUGCAAAUCGUUGCGAUAACUUGCGCAUCGUUCGAUAAGUUGCAUCGUAAGUCAUGGCAAGCAGGUGCAAGUUCACUUGCGAUGACUUGUGUUCUCGUUUGAUCAGGCCUUUUAACACAUUGCUCCCCCGCGGGUUCUAUGCCAUAAAAAAUACGACUAGUAUCUAACUCGAAAACCAUAUCGUUAAUUUAGACGCUAUGGCAUUCCUAUAACUAAAAUGUGUUUACAAUAAUGAAUGUAUUCGAUUGAACGAACACUUUACUAUACUUACGUUGGGUAUAGAACUCUGGUGUAGGAUCUUUCAUUCCUUCACAUAGACUUCUUUCUACGAUAGCCAUGAGCAAAUAUUUCCCUGGAUCAACUAUCAAGGCGAUAGCUUCGUAGCUACCAUUACCGUGGUCAAAUACGGUGGCAGCGACUGUCGCAGGUCCAAUAAGUAUAACCUUGGCACAAAACAUAGAAAUACAGAAUUAUUAUUCAGUGUUUUUAAUAUAACAUAGAAAUACAGAAUAAUUAUUCAGUGUUCUUAAACAUAAAUUUUAGACUGUUAGGAUAUUAAAAGGUUGAUUACGUAAUCAACCGUUGUGAAUCAUUUGUUUCGAUUACUUGGGGAGCUUCAGACUAAGCUGGUUUGUAGCCUCAGCUCAACUUUCGAGCAGCCCUAACUUAUAUAGCAAUUAUGUCUAUUAUUUGAUAUGGAACACUUCUGGAAUGAAAAACAAAGAAAAUAAAGCCAGCUAAAGGAUUAUUUUUGUCAGUGCGCAAUUUUCAUUAAAAUUCAAAAUAUUUCCACAUUGUGAGAAUGGCAGACUUGGCAUUCCAGGUUGGCCAAUUGGCAGGUGUGUUUAGCCAUGGGGGACCUUGACGCCACAUGGUCGAUACGGAUAGGUCACUAGCUUGCAUACCCCUUUUCAGCUGUUGAACAAUAACGUCAAGAGGUGGUUUUCGUUGCAGACUGGAUUUCUUUCACACGGUUUGAAACAAAUCGCUUCAGGUCACGAUUGGAUGAUAGCCAAUGGAGUACUAUCUGGCUGUCUGACCAGAAAUAAACGGCGGAUGGUUGGAUAUUCGGUUGAAGAUACGAAUACAAUCUUGCGCCAAUCACGGCUGCCAUCAACUCGAGCUGAGGUAAAGUGAGUGUCUUGACAGGGGCAACUCUGGAUUUGGCCAUCACCAGGGAAGUGUUGGUUCCAUUAGAGACAUACGCCACUGCGCCGUAGGCCUUGAUGCUCGCAUCAACAAAUAUGUGGAGGGUUGUGUUGGAAGGCCAAGUUGAUGAAGAUGGGAAAUAUCGGCGUGGGAAAUGAGUUUGAGUUGCAGUUUCCAAAUCCUUGGAGAGUGUUAACCAUUUCUUUUGGAUUUCGGGUGGCAGAGGCUCGUCCCAGCUAAAGUUGUUCUUCUAUAAUUCUUGUCAAAGGAUCUUAGCACGAAUGGUUACUGGAGUGAGUAAGCCAAGUGGGUCGUAGAUCUUUGAAGAUUCCCGGAGAAUUUCUCUUUUGGUGAUGUUACUGGUGGUGGUGUUGACUGUUUGGCUUUGUUGAAACAUGAGCAUAUCGUUGUUGGGAUUCCAUCGGAGACCGAGUACUUUCGUAACUGGAUCCUUGUCUUGAAGACCUUGAUCUGAAGCUGAUUCACGAAGCUUUGAACAAUUCGAAUUAUCUCAGGUUGAAGCCGACCGGUGACAUUAUGGAUCUUGUCGUUUGAAGGAAAGCUGAUGUUUCGUCUUCAUUGUCCGUGCCAGAGCCUAGGUUGUCAACAUAAAUAUCAUUCUUCAUAUUCUCUGCAACUGGAUGGUCAAUGCUGUCGAGGUGCUUUCGGAUGGUUGCAUUUAGGAUAAAGGGUGAGCAUGAAGCGCCAAAUAAGACAGACUUAAAGCGAUAGACUUCGAAUUGGCUUUCAGGGUCUUCUGGGUCAGAUAGCCAGAAAAAUCGCAUGGCAUCUCGAUCUUCUUCAUCUAAACCGAUAUGGAGGAAUGCCUUCUCUAUGUCUGCAGUCACAGCGUACUUGUAGCGGCGGAAUCGAAGGAGAAUUGCUGUUAGGUCGUUUAAGAGGGUUGGACCGGUUGUAAGGCAGUUAUUGAGACUUGGUUGACGAUUAUUCGGUUUUCAACUGCAAUCGAAAACAACACGGAGCGGGGUUGUAGAGGAGUCUUUCAAAAUUGCAUGGUGUGGAAGGUAAUGGCAUUUGUCCUUGAUAGUAUCCAGAUUAGUUACUUUCUCGAUAAAUCCGCAUUGUUCUUGUUCGGCGAUGAUGUGGGCGUACAUUCUCAGUUUUUCUGGGUCGGAGGCUAGACGUCGUACGGUAGAGCGAGUGUGUCCUCUUGCUAUUGCUUUGUUUGUGGGAAGUGGCGGGUGACUAGGUUUCCACGGUAGUUUAGCGCUGAAACGACCAUGUUUUAAAAGAAUUGAAGACUCUUGGUACCUUUUGACAAACUCUAUCUUCAUCUUCGGUUUCAUUCGACAUUAUGCCUAUCGAUUCUAAGUUCCAAAACCGCUCUAAAGCAAGUUCAUCUUGCUCUGUGGCGACUAUCGCGCUGAGGAUCAUAGCGUUGAGCUCUAACGUCGGUGUAUGGAUCGUAGUUGGUCCGGAUAGGAGGUAACCAAUUUUCGACUUGGCUGCAGUAGGCCCAGCCCCUCGAAUUAUCUUGUCUUGGACAACGUCCCAGUAGUGGUCUGCACCGAUGAGAAUAGAGAUGGUAAACUGACUAUCACUUGUUACGGAAUGGGCGAGCUUGAGAUCUUUGAGGAAUGUCGGCAGUCAUGUGAUUUUGUUGUGGUACAGCAAUUACUGAGAUGAUAAUAACUUGGAUAGGAAAGGUUUCACUGUUGUCUGCUUGCAAAUACACAGUUGCGACAUCAACUUUCUUAGUAGCUGUUUCAGAACCACCGAACACUGAUAGGUGCAGGAUUUCAUUCAGUCUUGACAGGAACAAGGUCAAGUUUCUGUGCGAGCUCUUCGGUUAUAAAUGAACGCUGAGCACCUUCGUCGAAAAGGAUAUUUGCGGUUGUGGUUCUGUGUUGCGUUUUUACAGUGGCCACUGCGGUUUUCAACAGGGUAUAUUUGUGUGUGUACUGGUUUUCUGACAUGUUGGUAUGCAUGUUCGAUAUUGGUGUAUUAUGUUCAUGUGUCUCGUGACUCAAGUUAUUUGCAUUGUUAGUGGCACCACUGGUACAUGUGCAUUGUAAGCUUGCAUUUUCAGGCGCCUUGGAAUCCGAGUUAGGUUUUUCGAGUGGAUGAUUCGUGAGGCAAUUGAAACACAGGUUGGCUUGGAAGAUAAUUUGUUUACGUUUGGUAGGGUCAGUUACUACAGUGCAAUAGUUCGGUUUGUGGGUGCCUUUGCAGAAAACACACGGUUUCGGUUUGGUAGGGUAUGGUGACGCUUGGCGAUUUGAUUUAGCUGAAUAUCCCCCAGGGCCCUUCUCAGUACUUGUGUUUAUUAGUAAGCUCGAGGUGGAAGGUAGGCGAGUGGCGAGAACACAACGGCUGGAAUCUGAGCCUAGGUGGAAGGGAGCAUGUGGAGUGAUUGACUUGAUUGAGUUAGUUUAGUUGUGUCUACCCCUGCCUCUAAAAUUUGAAGUUCUUUUGAAACGUCCUUGCGCAAUUGUUCUAAAGACCAAUCCAUGGUUCCACGUUCGCGUACUAGGUUGUGUUUCACAGCAAUAGGCAGUUUGCUCAGGAUGUCACCAUUUGGCACCAAUGUCUCGAAUUGAUUAUUGUAAUAUUGACUCUCACAAAUCGAGAACUCUUUGCGGAGGUUCUUACGGUAAAAGGAUGGACACAAAUCACAACACAGUUUAAACAAUGUAAUGAUUUAGUUAUACAAAAGGAUAACACGUUAAGGUUGUGAGUUAUCGAUAUAGAACGAAGCGAAAUGUCUUUAAUACAAUGUAGUCUGAUCAACAAUAUAAAACGACAAUGUUUCUUUCCUCGAGGUUCGCAUAAUUUAGCAUAAUUUAUAGUUUAGGCGCGAACUACUGAUCUAAUGAUGUCACUAGACUAUUAUUGUUUUCAGUAAAGUUUAACAGUUUGUCGCUAAUUCGCGACACACAUUGAACGUACCGGAAUGCUAAGGGACCGGUCAUAAAGUAACUGCUAUAGGGUAGGCCGAAUAUAACUUUGGCCUCUCUCAACCUAUCUUUUUCGCAAUAUUCUUGUUCGAAUCACAAUCCAAGACACUAUUUAGAGUGUUAUUUUCAAGUUUGUAUCUACAGAUUUGCAACUUUUAUUUCGGUAUUUCAGAAUAUCUAAAUUUUUUGCGAGAGCCUCGACCGGAAAUACAGCUUGACAUAUUAAAACAAUGCGAUGUUUACAUCCUGGCACUCGGGAAACGUCGGAAAUUUUAAAGGUCAAAUUGCCCCUUCAUGUAGCGUGAUUUGCACGUGCAUCGGGCUAUGGGUGUUCAUUAUUGGCCAAUUUUAGCGUGUGGCACGCGCGUGCGAGUAACAACCCGAUAUUCUGAAAAAUUCAAAAUAAAUGUUUCUAGUCCGCCGUAUUCAAACGAAACUUUCUAUACGAAAGCGCUUGGGUUCCCUGCGGUUGGAGAACCCUGCUUGGGUUCGUAGCGGUCUUUGAAAUUCUUGAAAGUCUUUAAAUUUGAACUCAGGUCUUUAAGGUGUUUGAAAAGUCUUUGAAUUGUGUGAAAAAGCGAAGAAAGUCUUUAAAAGUCUUUGAAUUCUUUAGUGAGUGUUUGAUUAUACGAUUUCCUAGCUAAUAAAAUAGAUUGUUUGAAAAGUCUUUGAAAAUAGGCAGCAAAACUCUUUGAAAGUCUUUGAAAUUUUUUGGUCUUGGAGACUACGAACCCUGACAAGGGAUAUUUCACUCCUAUUGACUUAGUCUGAAGAGUUCAGAAGGUGUAAUGUUAUGACGGCAUUUGACCCACCGUUCGGAAGGUUAUUUUAUGAGGAUUUCAACGGUGGUUUUCGUUUUAAAGGGCGGGUAAAUACUUGCCGAGAUAUUUUAAUAUUCCCCACUCCAAAGUCGGAAAUGUAAAUAUAAACCGGACGGCAUUGACAUUCUUUGUUUUUUGAUCCAGUAGACGCCAUGUACUCUACAGCGUACCUAUUUUUUUGAAAUGUGAGAUUGAAUAAAAAAAUAAUAUAUUCACUGUUGGCGAAUUAACUAAUUUCCGCACAAGAAAGAAUGUUCAAGUAUUUCUUGUUUUUUAUGCUUGCAUGAUACCUAUGAAACUGACACCUUCUAUGGUACGUAUUUUUGUAAUAUAUUUAACUUUCAUAUGAUUUCUCAAUACGGAAAUUUCGUGCCAAUAUAGUUGCUGGGCUAUUUUGCCGCCAUUUUUCUCUAUCGGUAGACAGAGGAAAAGCUAGAUAAAGCGCUAAGCCUUUCAAAAAUAUUCCUGCACAGCUUCUACUCCGAAAAAAUUCCAACAAAGCUUCGAACUCAAAAAAAAUUCUUGCAGGGAAAAUUUUCUUUCCCCUCUCCCAGGAUAUCUAAUGGUCCACCCCUUACCUCGCUAUCACUCGCUCAAUACAGCAAGACCUCGGUUUGAUAUUUUUCCGUACUACCCUCACUCUCAGUCAGUAAGUUAUUAUUAUUUACCUUCCAAAAAUCUCCUCCAAUCGUUUUAUUUCGACCAUCAUUUGUUUUUGUUCGUAUAAAAAAUCUAGAGAACUGUCCAGCUGGACGGACAUCGAUAUAUUCCACAUAGCUUGUGUUAAGCGCUGUCUCGUUUUCUUUCCCCCAUCCUGGCAAUGUUUGAUCAAGCACUGUAUUAUUUGCACAAGGUGCGAGAAUUUGUUUCCAAUCUAUUCGUCGUUUUUGUAUUCUAAGCCAUUGCUUUUUAAACUCGGUUUCGAUUGUUAAUGAAUUGUUGUUCACUUCAUCUCUAAUUUUGUUAGUAUUUUGGUCGGAUUUUUGUACCUUUUUUGAGAUUUUAACUGUAACAGAGGGUGCAACUCGCCCAGCUGUUGAAGGUGCAUAUGAAUGUUCGUUAUUCUUUCGUGCGCUUUGCACAAUUACUGGCACUAACCAAAUUUUCAUACGAAAAUGGUUUAAAUAAGCAAAGAAAAAAAAUAUUGUUGAGAGGAAAGUUAGUAAGAACAACGCUAAAAUUGAAGACCGCUUCACCGGAAAAUAUAGUGAUUUUCGUGCCUUUCUUAUCAAGCCUUUUAAUCCACAAAUCAUUUCUUGAGCCUGCUAGCCUGUUGCUGGUUCGAUCUAAAAUGUAAAUAGAAUUUAAAUGUGAAGAGAAGUGUCUAUUUAAAAGGAUAUAUCACUUGCGAGAUAUUUGCGGAUCUCAAAAGAGAGUUUUGUAAUAUUAACAUACUAUAAUUGUAAUUUUUCCUGGGUUCCAAGCUACUACCUUAUUUGAAUACACGUUCGCUUUUUUCGAAAGUUGACGAACUCCAAGCGUUUUUAUUUACAAUAAUUGUAAUUUUUCCUGGCUUCCGAGCUACUAUCUUAUUAAUACACGUUCACUUUUUUCGAAAGUUGACGAACUGCAAGCGCAUUUAUUUAGCAACCCUGCAGAUAUCAUUGCUAUUACUGAAUCGUGGUUAUACGAGGAUAUCUCUGAUGACCUUAUAGCACUUGAUGGUUAUAAAAUUUAUCGUAAUGAUCGAUCUCACGCACGUGGAGGUGGUGUUUGUGUUUAUUUGUCGGAAAAUAUUCCCUACCAAUAAAGGCUGGACUUGGAGAGUCCAAGCUUCGAGUAUUUGUGACUUUGGCUUCGUGCCGAACGCUUACCCUGGCUACCUCAUACUAAGGAUGCCAUAAAUACUCUGACCUCAAAACCUAAGUCCAUAAAGGCAUAAAGCACUUGGUGAGACGUUAUCUCCGGUCCGGAAUAGAGGUUUUCGGACGUUGGGCAUGCUCAAAAAAUCGGUUUGACGAACUCAGUGAUAAUCCAGGGACGGAUGAAUUGGUUAUCUCUUUUUUAUCACAAGUGACCAAUGCUCUUAAUAACAUCUUCCCACUAAAGACAGUGAAAUUACAUCACACCGACAAACCUUGGAUAACCCCUUCAAUCAAGCAACUUAUUUCAAGUUUUUAAAAAAGUUUUAGAAAAGUUUUAAAAGAGUUUUAAAAAACAAAAAAGUUUAAAAAGUUAGGGUUAGUGUAUAUAUAUAUAUAUAUAAGCUAUAUAUAGGACGUGAAACUCAGAGUAGCGAUACUUAAUUUUAAGAUAUAGACAAUCUAUAUAUAUAUAUAUAUAUAUAUAUAUAUAUAUAUAUAUAUAUAUAUAUAUAUAUAUAUAUAUAUAUAUAUAUAUAUAUAUAUAUAUAUAUAUAUAUAUAUAUAUAUAUAUAUAUAUAUAUAUAUAUAUAUAUAUAUAUAUUAUACCUCACAAUGAGCUUGUCCAAUCAGAGAACUAAAUUUGUACCACAUGACCAUGGUAUUUUUCAGCGAAUACUAUGACCUAGGCAAUUUGAACCCUGGGUGUUUUACCCGGGGCCAUGGUAUUCGACUUCGAAUACCACGCUUGAGCGGGAAAUUCGACUUUUUUAAAUGUAAAGUUAUCAAAAGUUGUGUUUUGAAAUUAAAAGUUAAUUGAAUGGUAUUUGUUUUCUACUUAUUUUUGAAAGGUUCG